AUGGAACUACAUACUCACAAAUUUAAUGGAGAAAUUCCUCAGGCUCCUAAAGAUAAUUCUUCUACAUGUGAACAUGAUGCUAGGUUUAGAAAUCAAUGGGAAAAUCCUACAGGCAAGGAACAAUAUAAGCCUGUUGAAUUAGAAAUAAACUUCAUCCAGAACUCAGUCCUUAUUCAAAGUCAAAGGCAUCAAAUAGGGGAGAAAUCCUAUGAACAUGUUGAGCAUGGGAGAAUCUUUAAUCACAGUACAACUCAAGUAGAACAUCAGAAAAAACACAUAAGAGAGCAACCCUCAAAAUGUGAAGAAUGUGGGAAAACUUUCAGUUCAAAUAAUGGCCUAAUUCGACACAUGAGAAUCCAUACUGGCAUGAGGCCUUAUAAAUGUAAUGAGUGUGGAAAAGCCUUCUGCCAGAGAUCGGUCCUUAAUCAGCAUCAGAGACUUCACACUGGAGAGAAGCACUAUCAUUGUAAUGAGUGUGGCAAGGCCUUUAGUCAGAAUGCAGGGCUUUUUAAUCAUCUCAAAAAACACACUGGAGAAAAACAUUUUCCCUGUAAUCAGUGCAGUAAAAGCUUUACUCGACAGUCAAUCCUUUUUCAGCAUCAGGGAGUUCACACUGGAGAGAAACCUUAUGAGUGUAAUGAGUGUGGGAAAGCCUUUGUUUAUAACUCAUCCCUUUUUUCACAUCAGGAAAUUCACCACAAAGAAAAACGUUUUAAAUGUAACAAAUGUGGGAAAGCUUUCAGCUGGAGAGCAGGCCUUACUGAACAUCAGAAAAUCCAUUAUGUGGAGAAAUCCUAUGAAAAUGAUAAAUGUGGGAAAUCCUGCAAUCAGGAUGGGAGCGUCAUUGAACACCAGAAUAACCACACAGGAGAGAAACAUUAUAAACAUGAGGAAAAUGAGAAUUCCUUUAAUCAGAAGACACUACUUUCUGAACAUAAAAACCAUUCAGCAGAGAAACAUUACAAAUGUGAAGAAUGUGGAAAAACGUUUACUGCAAAAACUGGCCUUAUUCAACAUAAGAAAAUUCAUACUGGGGAAAGACCAUAUAAAUGUGAGGAAUGUGGGAAAGCUUUUUGCCAAUUGUCAGCCCUCAAUCAGCAUCAGUCUGUCCAUACUGGAGAGAAACGGUAUAGAUGUAAGGAGUGUGGCAAAGCCUUCAGUCAAAAUACAGGUCUUUUUUAUCAUCUCAGAGUACAUACCGGGGAAAAACCCUUUCAGUGUGGUGGUGAUGGUGAGAGACUCACUGACACACUUCCGGCCUUUGUGGUUAACCUGAAGAGCGUGCGGGGGCGUCUUACUGGUCUAAUAGCCUCUCCGCAUCACUCCUUUGAGAGUGAUUCGGGUUGGACGUCUGUCCAAACAGCUCAGCAGUGCGGCUGCACCAGCCCCUUCCCUCUCAGACUGGCGUGUGGCAGAGCUUCGGCCGUGCUCGCCUGCCUGUCUCCCUCUGUGGGAGCCAAGCCUAGCUCUGCACCCGGGGACUUGGGGGUCCCUUUGAACACUGCGGAGCCCAGAAGAAAUCUUAGUCACCGAAGGCGCCAAAGCCAAAGUGACCUUCGUCUUCCAGGGGGCAGCCUCCUAAAAUAG